CGUGGCAGGGUGACACCGUGGCUUGCUGGGUGCAGCACCCGGGGGAGGCUUUGCCAGCCACUGCCAGAAAGAGCCCUGAUUUCGGUAGCACCGGCACCGAACGGCACCCCUGGCUGGGAAACCUGGCACCGGGACACCAGGCUGCCGGGUGAAGCAGGAUGAGCACGCCAACCAACGAGCCGGGCAACCCUGCCCAUGCCACCUUCGAGAGGUUCCUGCGUGCCAGGGAGUGCCAGGAGGUGCUGGGCUGCUUCGGGGAGCUGUGCCAGCAGCUGGGGCUGCAGGGCAGGGGGCUGCAGCUCUACCACGGCCUCAAGGCUGCCCUCAACUACUGGAGUGCCAAGGCCCUGUGGAGCAAGCUGGAUAAGAAAGCCGGGCACAAGGACUAUGACCAAGGCACAGCCUGUGCCAGCACUAAGUGCCUGGUGGUGGGGGCCGGCCCGUGCGGGCUGCGGGUGGCCAUCGAGCUGGCGCUGCUGGGCGCCCGCGUGGUGCUGCUGGAGAAGCGGGACUCCUUCUCCCGCAACAACGUCCUGCACCUCUGGCCCUUCACCAUCCACGACCUGCGGGCGCUGGGUGCCAAGAAGUUUUACGGGCAGUUCUGCACCGGCACGCUGGACCACAUCAGUAUCCGGCAGCUCCAGCUGAUCCUGCUGAAGGUGGCUCUUCUCCUGGGGGUGGAGGUGCACAUCAACGUGCAGUUCAAGGGGCUCACCCCCCCGGCGGGCAAGGCAGGUGGACAGGGUGGAUGGCGGGCUGUGCUGCAGCCCAGCUCCUCUCCCCUCAGCCACUACGAGUUCGACGUCCUCAUCUCCGCUGGCGGUGGCAAAUUUGUCCCCGAAGGGUUCAAGCGGAAGGAGACACGGGGGAAGUUGGCCAUCGGCAUCACCACCAACUUCAUCAACCGGCACACCCGGGCUGAGGUGGAGGUGGCUGAGAUCAGCGGCGUGGCCCGAAUCUACAACCAGAAGUUCUUCCAAAAUCUCUACAACAAAACAGGCAUCGAUCUGGAAAACAUCGUCUACUAUAAGGAUGACACCCACUAUUUCGUCAUGACGGCCAAGAAGCAGAGCCUGCUCAAGAAGGGCGUCAUCCUGCAGGACAAAUCGGACAUCGAGAGCCUCCUGUCCCCGGAGAACGUGAACCGAGAUGCCCUCCUCAGCUACGCCAAAGAAGCCGCCAACUUCUCCACCAACUACUCCCUGCCCGACCUGGAGUUUGCCCUCAACCACCGGGACCUGCCAGACGUCGACAUGUUCGACUUCACCUGCAUGACGCGCUCGGAGAACGCGGCGCUGGUGCGGGAGCACAACGGUGCCCGCCUGCUCCUCGGGCUGGUGGGCGACUGCUUGGUGGAGCCCUUCUGGCCGCUGGGCACCGGCGUGGCCAGGGGCUUCCUGGCCGCCUUCGACGCGGCGUGGAUGGUGCGGCGGUGGGCAGCAGGGACCUCCCCGCUGGAGGUGCUGGCUGAGAGGGAGAGCAUCUACCAGCUCCUCUCGCAGACCUCCCCGGACAACACCAACAAGAACAUCAGCCAGUACAGCAUCGACCCGGCCACACGCUACCCCAACAUCAACCUGCAGUCCAUCAAAGCCAGCCAGGUCCGGGACCUCUACCUCGUGGGCAUGGUGGAGGUGGACCAUAAAAGGAAGAGUGACAACCGGCUCAGCACCGCGGUCUCCGGAGACGCCUACGAAGAGCUGCUGAGCUGGUGCCAGGCCAGCACAGCCGGGUACCGCGGCGUGGCCGUGACCAACUUCACCACCUCCUGGACCAGCGGCUUGGCCCUCUGCGCCCUCGUCCACCACUUCCGUCCUGACCUGGUGGACUUUAAUGCCGUGGACCCCCAGGAUUCCAUCCAGACCCACCAGAUGAUGCUGGACAUGGCAGAGCAGGAGCUGGGUAUCCAGCCCGUCCUCUCCAGCAUCGAGAUGGCCACCAUGACAGAGCCCAACCGCCUGGGGCUCAUCACCUACCUCAGCCAGUUUUAUGAAGCUUUCAAGACCACUCCAGAGGCAGAGGAGAUCAGCAAGAAGCCGCUUUCUCCCCGUGGCACACGAGGGGCCAUCCUCUUCCUCAGCAAGCUGCAGAAGAGCCGGCACCUGACACACAAGCGUGCCCAGGACAGUGCCCAGAAGGAUGCUGAGGCCAAGAGGAUCCGCAGGGAUGCUGAGCUGGACACGGGGCUGGAUGGAGACACUCCAGACGGUGCCCAUGAGCUGCUGCAAACCACCAUGAUGGAUCCAGGGCAGCCCGUGGGGGAGAGCAGCGACGCCUGCUACUUCUGCGGCCGCCGCGUCUACAUCCUGGAGCGAGCCAGCGCCGAGGGACGCUUCUUCCACCGCGGCUGCUUCCAGUGCCGGCAGUGCGGGGCCACCCUGCGCCUGGGCGACUACGCCUUCGACGAGGAGGACGGUCAUUUUUACUGCUCGCUUCACUACCCCACUCCAUCCAGCAUGGAGCUGCAGCAGGAGGGGCCCCCGGCGCUGCCCAAUGGGGAUGCCGCUGCUGCCCACCUGCCCUUGGAUGCUGGGAGCCCAUGUGUGUCCCCCAAGGAGGGGGCACCCUGUCCCCUGCAGCCCCCACCAGCAAGCCCCACAGCUGGAGAAGAGCCUGGGGCAGUGGAGGAUGGUGAUGACUCGGAAGAGCAAGAGCUGCUGGCACAGCACGAGGGAGAUGUGAGGGAUGAGGAGGGUCCCAAAGCGGAGCCCCAAGGGGCGGUGGAGGAGGGUGAGGAGAGCCGGGGCAGGAGGAAGAUCGUCCUCACGCCGCUGGAGAAGCUCAAACUGUCCACGCUGACCCUCACCGGUGAAGCAGAGCCUGAGCCACCACCCAAGCCAGCUCGUAGGUGGCUCCAAGCACCCAAGGCCCUCCCUUCCCUGUGGCAGGGACAAGGUGCCUGGGAGGAGGAGGAGGAGGAGGAGGAGGAGGAGGAGGAGGAGGAGGAGGAGGAGGAGAAGGAAGAGGAGGAGGAGGAGGAGGAAGGCACAGACCUUGGCAUCGUGGCAGAGCUGGGCCUGGACCUGGGGGAAGAGGAGAAAUAUCCCACCUGGAAGCGCACACUGACCCGCCGGGCCAGGGAAGCUCAGAUGAAGCGGUUCUGCAAAGCCCAGACCAUCCAGAGGCGGCUGGAGGAGAUCGAGGUGACAUUCCGGGAGCUGGAGCAGCAGGGCAUCAAGCUGGAGAAGUUACUCCGGAAUGAGGACGGCACCCCGACCGACCAGAAGACGCAGUGGAUGAACCAGCUGCUGUACCUGGUCCAGCAGAAGAACAGCCUGAUGUCCGAGGAGUCAGACCUCAUGAUCAGUGUGCAGGAGCUGAAGCUGGAGGAGCAGCAGUGGCAGCUUGACCAGAAGCUCCGGUGCUACAUGAACAAGGAGGAAUCCCUGAAGACACCUGCGGAUCGCGUGGCCGAGAAGGAGAUCCUGGCACAGCUGCUGGAGGUGGUGAACAAACGCAACGUCCUCAUCCACAUCCAGGAUGAGAAGCGGCUCAGUGAGAUGCAGGCCUGAUCCUUGUGGCCCCAGGACCCACCAGUUCCUCCCUGGGGGGGGACAGGAGUGGUGUGCUGUCCGUCCCCCCCGCCGCCAGCUGAGCAUCACCCUGAGCUGCCUCUGAAGGUGGUGAUGCCUCAGCACCAGCGACGAAUCCAGCUCCCUGCUUGCCGAAGCCUGCCGUGGAGGGGCCAGACCCGCUGGUGGACGUCCGUGUGGGGAGAUACCGAGGAGCACCCUGGUUUUGGGGUGCAGAGAGGGCGUCCCCCGCGCUUGGCUGGAUUGCCUUUGCCUUGUGCUUGCUUGAAAACGAGAUUUGCAGCGGGCUACGAAACAGAGGGGCUGCGGCGGCUCUGCCUGGGCUUUGCUACAGGAGGAAGAAGCCCCAUGGGGAAGCGCCGUGUCACCCAGGGCAGGAGGUCCCACAGCCAUCACCCUUCCAAGGGGACACUGCCCGGAGGCUCGGCUGGGGCAUUGAAAGCAUUUUGGCCCAGCAGAGCCCCUCGUGCUCGAGCUGAGGUUGCCUCGGGAGAGGUGGCUCAUCGCUCUCUGCCCAGCGCUGUGUCCUGGGCGCCGCAGGGCUUUGCUCCCAGCAGCAAGGAUGUGACCGUGGCCACUGCAGGCAGGUCACAGCGGAGAUGCCAAAUGUGGAGGGGCAGUGUCAGGAGUAGCCCCUGGAAGGCACUCAGGGACAUCCAUCAAGCCGGGGCCAUCUAUGCUAACCCAGGGCAUCCAUCCGCGCCUAGGACCUUCCACCUCUUCCAGGAGCAUCCAUCCUAACCCAGGGCAUCCACGUCGUCCAGGGACAUCUGGCUCUGCAAGUGGGGCCAGCGACAGAUGGGGGCUGAUCCCACCACAGGUGCCACAUCCACACUGUCCCCCAGCAGCUGUAGGAACCCAGGGUCAGACCCCCCCUGCAAGGCCCCCCGGGCCAGGGAAGGGGCUUUUUGUCCAGCACCUCCCCCAGGGGAUUGUGCCCAGGGCCCUCACUGUGUGACAUCAAGGACAAGGGACACUGGUGGCCAUGUCCUUGCCCCUUUGGGGUUUUCUCCUGCUUGGCAAUGCCCCACUGGCCUUUGUAGGGACCUCUGAGACCUCCUGGAGCCCUGGUUGUUGUGGGGUAGCCUCCACGGCCAAAUGGUGCUUACGGCAGCUCAGCUGUGUCGGGCAGGGGGCUCCUCUGUUAGCAAUACCCCCCCCCGCGUUCAGCCUCAUCCCAUCUCCCCCCCCCCAGUGCCUCCAUCCUCCUCCUUGUGUCUGUACCAGCCCAUCCAUCCUGCUGCAAGCCCCCUUCCCUUCAAAUAAAGCCUCCCCAGCCCGGCACCAAGGGCUAAAAUACCA